AUGCAAGCGACGAUCCAUCCGUCGGCAUCGUUCGAUGAGGAACGAGCCGCAGAAUCACUCGAGCGAGCGAUGAGAGGAUAUGGAACGGAUAAACAGCGUGUAAUCGAUAUUCUUGUCAAAUGCAACAAUGCUCAACGUCAGAUGAUACGCACCCCGUACAAAGUUCGCUAUGGCAAAGAUCUCGAAACGGAACUGAAGAGGGAGCUUUCCGGAGAUCUUGAGGACGUUAUUAGUAAGUUUUUUUUGAACUCUCAAAUAAGGGUUUACGUGACACGUGAUACACCGUUUCACGUCUUUCUGGAUUUUCUUGAAAACAACUGAAG